AUGGUGAUAGGUACCACCAUAGAUCAGGAAAAUGAUUACUACAAAAGUUAUGGAAGGCAAGAAGGGUUUGGGGUUGUCCGUUCUGGUGCUAGUGGUCCAGGAGAGGGUCCGAGUAAGGUUCUAACAACUGCCACAUGGACAUGUGAUUGCUUUGGUGAACCAGAUAAACGGCAUAGAAGGCCCGUACAACCUAAAAGGUUUCUGAAUCAAACAAAUUUGAAAAACCCGAGAAAGUCUAGGAAAUGUGGAUGUAAGGCUCUCAUGUAUGCUGGUGUUACAGAUGGUCAAUGGGUAGUUAGAAAAGGUCGUACUAGAGCACACAAACCACCACCCUACACCAAACAAAUGUCUCGGAAAAGAAAUGGUUUUGAGGAACUUCAAUUAACCUUAAAGGAUAUGCACAAUUUGUUUGCAAAAAAGAGAAAAUCAGAAACAGCCGAUGGAUAUGCACAAGCGAUGGACGAUUAUUUCAACAAAAUGCAACAAUGUAAUCAGGACUUUUACCAUGUUCGUAGACUUGAUGCGGAAGGAUAUUCGAAGGACGUGUUAUGGAUUGAUGCUAGAAGUAGAGCGACAUACAAGGACUUUGGUGAUGCAGUUUGUUUCGAUGCAACCUACCUCGAUAACAAAUUUAACCUACCAUUCGCUAACUUCGUCGGUAUCAAUCACCAUGGCAAGAGAAUUUUGUUAGGCUCCGCUUUGAUUUCUCAUGAAAACACAGAAACUUAUACUUGGAAGGAGAAGUAUGAAGAACUGAAAGCAGAACUCUUAAAUGUGAUUUAUGAUAGUCUCGGGCCUAAUGAAUUUGAGCAGAGGUGGAAGGAAUUUAUGGAAAGGUUCAAGCUCCAAAAUGAAAAGUGGUUACUGAAUAUGUACGAUGAACAUCAUAUGUGGGUUCCUGCUUACAUGAGAGAUAUAUUUUGGACAGGCAUGAAAACAGCGCAACGGGUUGAGAGCAUAAAUAGUUUUUUUGAUGUAUAUCUUCAUAAGAGCACAACGUCGUUAGAAUUUGCUACGAAAUACAUGACUGCAAUGGAGGAUCGAUGUCGUACUGAGGCGGAAGCGGAUGCAUCCCAAUCCGUGGAGAGGGUGUUUCAACGGGUGUACACGGAUGGGAAGUUCGUAGAUGUGCAAAAACAGUGCCAACGAAUCGCAUACUGUAAUGGAAGGAAGGAGUGUGAUUUGUCAGAAACCGUUGUAGAGCACAUCAUUGAGGACAAACAUACCCUUAAGGUAUAUGAUUUACAUAUGGUAACUGAUGUACCUAAAAAGUACAUAUUGGACCGGUGGCGACAUGAUAUUCCUAGGAAGCACAUGAGAAUCAAGGUUGCGUAUCAUGAUCCUUCUAAGACUAUUGAAGUUCGGAGGUAUGUGUAUAACUGA